GACACGGGCGUAAUAUUGUGAAAUGACCAUACCCACCCAGUCCAACAAAAUAGUGCAGAAUAUUAGGGUUCCAAUAUAAAUAACAACAUCAGCCCUUCCCCUUCUGUGACUCUCCAAAAUUCCAAAUCUCCCACUAUAGAUUCAUAAACAGAACCAAACAGCGAGGUGUAGGGAAGGAGAUGGCGACAGUACCGGGGCCGUUGAUAUGGGAGAUGGUAAAGAAGAACAACUCGUUCCUGGUGAAGGAGUUCGGGAGAGGAACGGCGAGCGUGCAGUUCAGCAAGGAGAGCAACAAUCUCUACAACCUCAACUCCUACAAGCACUCUGGUCUGGCAAACAAGAAAACAGUUAUUAUUCAACCUGAAGGUAAAGACCGAUCGGUGUUGCUUGCUACAACCAAGACCAAGAAGCAGAACAAGCCUGCUGCUUUGCUUCACAAGUCUGUGAUGAAAAAGGAGUACCGCAGGAUGGCAAAUGCUGUGGCAAACCAGGUUGCAGAUAACUACUACAGGCCAGAUCUAAAGAAAGCCGCCCUUGCCAGGUUGAGCGUUGUGCACAGGAGCCUCAAAGUUGCCAAAUCUGGUGUCAAGAAGAGGAAUAGGCAGGCUGUGAGAGUUUACGGUAGGAAAUGAGUUAGGGGUUAUGAUAAAUUGUAUUGUGCUUCUUCCUCCGUUGUCUUGAUUCUCCACACUACAAUUCUGGAUUCCCUUUUUGUUUCCAUCUUCAUUGUGGUGACUUAUUCUUGGGAUGCAUUUUUUUUGGUUUAACAGACAGAGAUGUAGUCGCUUUUUACCUAA